AUGUCCUUCUCCACCGAAAACCUCUAUGACAGUAUCUCACAAUCUGUCGCCCAUCAUGAGCACGACCUGGCUGAUAUUUGUAAAAAGGUAGAUCACGACAAUCAUCCACGAAAAUCCGGAAUACAAUUACAAGGAGUUCAAGGCCCACGACAACAUCUGCAAUCUCAUGGAACAACUUGGCUACAAUUUGAAUUCGGCAAAGGCGGAAAGCUCAUCGUCUUCAACGCCGAAUAUGAUGCUCUCCCUGGUCUCGGUCAUGCUUGCGGGCACAAUCUCAUUGCUACGAGCUCAAUCGCUGCUUUCCUGGCGACAGCCGAAGUACUUCGUGAUAGCAACAUCUCGGGAAGAGUACGACUCCUUGGAACCCCUGCUGAGGAAGGUGGUGGUGGAAAAGUGCAUCUUAUCAAAGCUGGUGCAUACGAAGGUGUUGAUGCUUGUCUGAUGGCUCAUCCAACGGGACGACUUUCACCACCUGGUUCAGAUAAUGUCGACGGUGUUUCUGCUGCCAAGACGAGCGCAAGGAGGCAACUCAAGGUAUCAUUCACAGGGCAAAGUGCCCAUGCUGGGAAUACGCCUUGGCAUGGCAAGAAUGCACUCGACGCUGUGGUAUCGUCCUAUGUCAACAUAUCUCUUCUAAGGCAACAGAUCCAGCCCACAGAAAGGAUACAUGGCGUCAUCCGAAGCGGCGGCUCGGAGCCAAAUAUUAUUCCUGACUCUACUGAUCUGGAGUAUUAUUUGAGAGCUGCAGAUGUUAAUCAGGUCAAGGAUAUUUCCAAAAAGGUUGAGGCUUGUUUUGAGGCGGGGGCCAUGGCGACAGGAUGCGAUGUGAAGUGCACAUGCGACAGUGAUCAAGAUUACAUGGAACUUCGACCAAAUAUGUGCAUGUCUACAGAGUUCACCAAACACAUGAAGGCUUUUGGUAGGGACUUUAUCGAUGAUGCAAACCAGCCACCAAUGGGCGCCUCAACAGAUAUGGGAAUCCAUCCCAUGUUCUCCAUCGGAACUGAGGACCCCGAGGUUCAACCUCACACGCCCAAAUUCGCUGAUGCCGCAGGAACAAAGGAAGCCUUUAUUAGAGCAUUGGAUUGUGGGAUGGGAUUGGCGGCUACAGCUUGCGAGUUACUUCUGCAGCCUGAGUUAAUGGAGAAGGCAAGGGAUGAAUUUAAGCAGGAUGUUGAACCCAUAGGAUAUAGACUUUGA